AUGAAAUUGUUAUUUAUUGGCGCCGAAUGUACGAUUUGUUCCGACAAACUUUUUGAUGGCCAGGAAUUGAAUACACCAUUUUGUGGUCAUGUAUUCCACCGCAAAUGUAUUCGAUAUGCAUUACACAAGAAGCCCGAGUGCCCUGUUUGUCGCAAAUCAAGCAAUCGUCGCGAUUUGGUUGUGUUGUUUUUUGGUGGCAACAUAUUUUCAAAUGAGACUGGCGACAAUAAUACUGAUGAAGCAACUGUUGGAGCCAAAUUAGAGCAGCCAUCAUCGCUAGUAUCAUCGUCAGAAUCUAGCAUCAACAACGAAGUAUUUGAUCCCAAUACGGCUCAAUCAACUAUCGACGCUCUAUCAGAGCAACCGUCAUCGUCAGAAUCUAACUUCAAGAACGAAGCAUUCGAACCCAGUGCCGACGAAUUAAAUCCACAAAAUGUGGCUUCAGGAAAUGGCAAUACUUCAUCAGUUGUUUCCAAUGGUGAUUCAGUUCGUGGUCGUGAAGGAGAAGUGGUGCCGGCCAAAAUUGUUCGACGUCGGGUUACAAAGGACAUUUGCCGUUUCAAUUUCGGAAGAAAUAUAUGUGUAUUUUGUUUCAAUUCCUUCGUCACCGUUGAUGCCAAGGUUGCAUGCGAUAAAUGCAUCACAAAUAUGAAAUAAAAAUUUCUCUUCAUUC